GAGGAAAUGAUGGACACCAGGAGCUACUCCAGCCCUCCAGACAGGCUCUCCGUCUUCUCCGAGUCUGCCCACUUGCCACUGUCCAGGCCCUUCUACCUGGACCCCAUGGUCACUGUCCACCUGUGCCCCGAGGCCCCGGUGCCGAACCCUUACGCGGACGAGCUGCCUCUGCUGCCCUUUUCCAGCGAUACUCUGAUCAUGGACAAUUAUGGGGACCCGUACCCCUUCCCCUUCCCCAUGCCUUACCCCAACUACAGGCGCUGUGACUACGCCUAUGGGCCGGCCUUCAUCCGCAAGAGGAAUGAGCGUGAGAGGCAGCGAGUCAAGUGUGUCAACGAAGGCUACGCCCGGCUGCGGCGCCACCUGCCCGAGGACUACCUGGAGAAGCGACUCAGCAAAGUGGAGACCCUCAGAGCUGCCAUCAAGUACAUUAGCUAUCUCCAGUCGCUCUUGUACCCGGAUGAGACUGAGGCCGAGAGGAGCCCUAGAACCACAAGCUGCGGCCCCCUAGAAUCGUCUCUGAGAGUCAUUUGAGCUGGCACUUUCCAAAAACGGGGUCUCCUGCAGCAGCAUCCAGUAGAUUCUCAUGCACGCAAGUGGUUUGGGGGAGGGGGACACUAGUCCUACUACCGACCUUCAUUAAAUGUUGCUUACCUGGGUUUCAGAUGUACUAAAGGGUCUCAGCCAGACUGAGAAUCGCAUGCUGGCCUCACAGCUUUAAGAACUCGGAGGGUAGAGAGUUCCCAGGGUUCUCUGCACCUCCCACCCCACCCUUCUUACAGCCUUGGCCAAAAGUCCUCUCCAAAGUACGGAAAGGCUGAAGAGUGACGCUCAGUGAUUGUCUCACACUGGUAAAUAUUUGUUGAUGCUAUUUUCCUGUCCCAAUCCCGUCACCUGUGUCAAAACCACCAUUAACUUUCAUCCUGGAUUCUGCUCUCAACAGUCUCUACCCUCAUUCUGAAGUUGUUUCUUUAUCCUUUCGUGCAUGACAGGUGUGUGUCC